AUGCAGGAUACCAAGAAGGAGUACAAGCAAUUAUGUGCCUCUCGUCUUCGUCUGAUGCCUGUGCCCACUCCGCUUACACCUCUCGGCGGUGGUGCUUCGCACCCUAUUCAGGCGGUUCUCGCUCAUAAAGCGACUACCUACCUGCGCGGGGACCUAGGACUCCUAGGUCCCUGCUGGUCUUGCCAGCAACCGGUACGAGCUCUUGUCUCUGCUGAGCUGGGCUGGUGA